AUGUCGGCCGGUAGCGGCGAGCGGCGGCCCUCCACGUGCCGCGUGGAACUGGGCACCUUGCUGGCGCCCGGGCCUCGUCCUCUCGACACCAAGGUCAAGAGGCACAGCAUCCAUGGCAUGACGGAGGAGGACAACGUGGUGCGGCCGCACCAGGAGAUGGCCGUGCUAUCGUUGGAGGAGAAAAAGUACCUGCUCGGCGUGGAGCGCGGCGACGUGGCCGGGACGCGUCGAGUGCUGCAGCGCGCGCGCGACACCGGACACAUCAACGUGGACUGCGUCGAUCCGCUGGGCCGCAGUGCGCUGCUCAUGGCCAUCGACAAUGAAAACCUAGAGAUGGUCGAGCUGCUACUCGAGUUCGGUGUCGAAACGCGCGACGCGUUGCUGCACGCCAUCUCAGAGGAGUUCGUCGAGGCUGUCGAGGCGCUGCUCGAUCACGAAGAACGUACACGCAAGGAAGGCGAGCCACACAGUUGGGAGGCUCUCCCGCCGGAGACGGCGACGUUCACGUCGGACAUAACGCCACUGACGCUGGCGGCGCAUCGCGAUAGCUACGAGAUCAUCAAGCUGCUACUGGAUCGAGGCGCGCGUCUGCCGGCGCCACACGACGUGCGCUGCGGCUGCGAUGAGUGCGUGCGAUCGCGGCGCGAAGACUCCCUGCGCCACUCGCGCUCGCGGAUCAACGCUUAUCGCGCGCUCGCUUCGCCGUCGCUCAUCGCACUGUCGUCCAAGGAUCCGAUCCUCACCGCGUUCGAGCUGUCGUGGGAGCUGCGGCGGCUAUCGGCGCUGGAGCACGAGUUCAAGACCGAGUACCAAGAACUACGCGGUCAGUGCCAGGAGUUCGCCACGGCAUUGCUGGACCACACGCGUACCUCACACGAGCUCCAAGUGCUGCUCAACCACGAGAAAGGGUGCCCGCAGCCGCCGCCACUGCUCGAGCCGGGUGCUCCGGAGCGAAUGCGACUGUCGCGGCUCAAACUCGCCAUCAAACUGCGCCAGAAAAAGUUCGUGGCGCACCCUAACGUGCAGCAGUUGUUGGCUUCCAUCUGGUACGAAUCGGUGCCGGGUUUCCGCCGCAAAAACAUGGUGCUGCAGGCCGCCGAGAUGGUGCGCAUCGGUGCCAUGUUCCCGCUGUACUCGCUGGCCUACCUGGCCGCACCGCACUCCACGGCAGGCCGCAUGUUACGCAAGCCCUUCAUCAAGUUCCUUUGCCACUCUGCUAGCUACUUCAUGUUUCUCUUCUUGCUGAUCUUGGCGUCGCAGCGCAUAGAGACGACGGCGGGUAUCUUCGGCGGCGGGCCAGCGGACGCGCCCGUGUCCCGACGCGGCUCGCCGCCCACUCUCGUCGAGUGGCUCAUCCUGGCCUGGGUCAGCGGACUGAUCUGGAGCGAAGUGAAGCAACUUUGGGACAUGGGGCUGCGCGAGUACGUGCACGACAUGUGGAACGUGAUCGACUUCGUCACCAACUCACUGUACGUAGCUACCGUCGCACUGCGCGUCGUUUCACAUUUCCAGGUGCGGCGCGAGAUGCACUUGGGCUUGCAGUGGAAUCAGCCUCGCGAGAAGUGGGACGCCUGGGACCCCAUGCUGCUGUCUGAGGGCCUGUUUUCCGCCGCCAACAUCUUCAGCAGCCUCAAGCUGGUGUACAUCUUCAGCGUCAAUCCCCAUCUCGGCCCGCUCCAAGUGUCGCUCAGCCGGAUGGUGCUCGACAUACUCAAGUUCUUUGUGCUCGACAUUCUCGUAAUAUUCGCUUUCUCGUGCGGCCUAAACCAACUGCUGUGGUAUUACGCGGACAUGGAGAAGAAGCGCUGUCCGUCAGCCGGCGCUCACGCCCCCACCAACUCGACUGCGCCUCAGGACCCCGACGCGUGCGUAGUUUGGAGAAGGUUCGCGAACUUGUUCGAGACGAUGCAGACGCUGUUCUGGGCGGCUUUCGGGCUCGUGGACCUGGACUCGUUCGAGCUGGACGGUAUCAAGAUCUUCACGCGUUUCUGGGGCAUGCUCAUGUUCGGCACCUACGCUGUUAUCAACGUUAUUGUGCUGCUCAACCUGCUCAUCGCCAUGAUGAAUCACUCGUACCAGCUUAUUUCCGAGCGUGCGGACGUGGAGUGGAAGUUCGCUCGCAGCAAAUUGUGGAUCAGUUAUUUCGAGGAAGGCGGCACCGCGGCUCCGCCUUUCAACGUCCUUCCUUCGCCCAAGUCUGCGCUGUACGCUUGGCGCUGGUUGCAGCGGCGCCUCUGCGGCCACGCGCGGGCCAAGCGCGAGCACAUGCGCACUAUACGAAGGAAAGCCAAGCAGACGACCGAACGCGAGUUCAGAUACCAGGCGAUCAUGCGCAACUUGGUGCGGCGCUACGUGACGGUGCAGCAGCGGCGUGCCGAGUGCGGCGGCGUCACCGAAGACGACGUCAACGAGAUCAAGCAGGACGUGAGCGCCUUCCGCUGCGAGCUCGUCGAAAUCCUGCGCAACUCGGGCAUGAACACGUCUACAGCCAACGCCGGUGCGCCAGGAGGCGGAGGCGGUAAAAAGAACCGGCAGAAGGAGCGUCGGCUGAUGAAAGGUUUCAACAUAGCGGGGGGUUCGCUUGCUCCGGUGGACGAGUUCUUCGCGUCGCUGCACCACGAUCACGGCGGGGCGCACGGCGGCGGUCAUCACGGCUCGCUGUCGGCUCUGCUCGGCGGGCGCCUGCGUACGAGCCAGUCCAGUCUGUCUGACGGCCCGGGAGGGCCGGCCCCGCGCAAGCCACCGCACCACAAACGCCGCUGGGGGACCAUCAUCGAGGCGGCGCGGGCCGCGCGGGUUUCGCGUCUCAUCGGUCGGUCACGCUCCGAGGACUCCGUCUGCGACCACGCCGGACCCUCACCGAGCGGCAGCGAGAGGUCCGACUCGGGCAGCGACUCGCAGCGGAGUCCCGAACGAGCGCCCCGCGGCAGGCCGUCGCGUCCGUUGAGCGCUCUGGCGGCGCUGAAGUGCAAGCGCAAAAAGUUUGGCGACUCGCGGCGUCAGGCGGAGGGCGGGGCGGAAGCGCUCCAGCGCGCCAGCUCGGUGCCGGCGCGAGCGCCCCCCGCCCCUCGAGCCGCGCCUCCCGUCUCUCGUCAGGCGCAACCCGCCGCGCCCGACGAGGCCGCGACGAAGGGAGGCAGCCGGGAGCCGCUGCUCGCCAGCCUCGAGGACGACGCUCUCAAGGAGAAAUGCGGGCAGUGCGGGUACGAGAGCGGCGGCGGCGAGUCGGCGAGGGCGAACGGAGCGAGCGAAGCGGAUGCGGGGACGGAGACGUGCGGACGCUGCACGGCGCUGGCUCGGCUCGCCGGCGUCACGCCGCUGCACGGCCACGCGCCGCAUCACUCCGCCGGCUGGCUCUGA